UUUAUUUUUUAGGAUAUUCAAUGUCAACAACAAGUGCUAGCACAACAGAAGAAACAACCUUUGAUAGGCAAAUCAAAGUUCUCAGUCCACCGAAGAACGGAGGAUCUGUUCCUGAAUUGCCUGAAUCUGCUUAUAAAUUAGAUGCCAAUGAAGUUAAACAAUUAUAUCAAUCUACUGUAGAACGUAGAGAAAAGCUUGAGAAUAGUCCUUUAAAGACACAGAAAAUGAGAGACAAAGAAGAACUUGAAAAGUUGAAAAAGUAUCCCAAGACUACCAUUCGUAUCCGUAUGCCUGAUCAUACUAUUGUUCAAGCUGUAUUUCAGUCUAAAGAAAAAGUUGCUGCAUUAUAUGAUUUUGUGAGGUCUUUAUUAGUGACAUCUGAACGCAAAUUUGUAUUGUGUUUGCCACCUAGAACAAAGUUGAUUGAACCAACAGUGACAUUAUUUAAGGCAGGAUUGACUCCUGCUUCAAACGUGUUAUUUGGAUGGAUUGAAAAGACAGAUCAAGGUAAAGGAAAAAUCAUGCUUUACUCGUACCUUUACUCGUAUCUUACACUAUAGCAGAAACGCCUAAUGAUUUAAAACAAGAGUAUUUGGAUAUGACUCAAGAUAUGCCCAUUGCUUCUCCUCAGCCUUCUGAAGCAUCUAGUACUACUACGAGUUCUACUGCUGAAACUAAAUCAAAGCCCAUUCCUAAAUGGUUACAAAAAGGAUUGUUUAAUAAAAAGAAAUAAAGUGUAUUUUGGCAAGAUAAUAAAAUAGUCUUCAAUUACAG